AUGCUUCGCACUCCUACCGUCUCGGCCCUCGUGCGCAACGUCGCCGUUCGCGCCGCUAAGCCCACCGUCGCCGUCCGCGCCGCUUCCACCACCGCCAUCUCCAACCCCACCCUCGCCAACAUUGAGAAGAGAUGGGAGCAGAUGCCCAUGCAGGAGCAGGCUGAGCUCUGGAUGGCUCUCCGCGACCGCAUGAAGGAGAACUGGGCCGAGCUUACCCUCCAGGAGAAGAAGGCUGCCUACUACAUCGCCUUCGGUCCCCACGGCCCCCGCGCUCUCCCCCCUCCCGGUGAGCAGAAGAAGGUCUUCGCCUACACUGCCGCUGGUGUCCUCCUCUCUUUCGUCAUCUUCGCUACCAUGCGCUCCUUCGCCAAGCCCGCUCCUUCCACCAUGACCAAGGAGUGGCAGGAGGCUACCAACGAGUUCCUCAAGGCCCAGAAGUCCGACCCCCUCACCGGUCUCACCUCCGAGGGCUACAACGGCAAGGGCCACGUUCAGUCUCCCUCUGCCAACGCAUAA